UAACUUCCCGGUGGUGACGCCAUCGGGGCGGUGGCCCGGGAAGGUUUAAAAGCUGCUGCAGGCAGGAGCAGGCAGAGAGACAAUUGUAGACAAGACCAAGCGGAGGGUAAGCAGCAAGUCAGGAGAGGGUAGAGGGAGUGACCACACCUUGCAGGAUGAACGUGGGGCAAGUGACAUCCAUAAAUGGGCUGAGGAUGGUGUCUGCCAACGAGCUGGACCGCUGGAUCGCAAAGACCCUGGAGCCCAGCCCAGCUUUCCGCAGCCAGGUGAAGCAGACGGUGAAGCAGAUCUGUGACUUCCUCAAGGAGGACUGCUUCGAGACCAACAUCCGUGUCCACAAGACCGUCAAGGGUGGCUCAGCGGGCAAGGGCACAGCCCUGCAGAACAACUCCGAUGCCGACGUGGUGCUCUUCCUCAGCCACUUCUCCAGCUACAAGCAGCAGAAACAGGAGAGAAAUUAUAUCCUGGAUUUGAUCAAGAGGAGGCUUCAUGUCUGCAGAGAGACCCUGACGUUCACAGUGACCAUCAGCAAGCCCCAGUACAGAGGUCCCAGCAAUACACCGCGCUCUGUCAGCCUCACUCUUGGCUCCAGGACAAGCCCAGAGACCAUCAAGGUGGACAUCCUGCCCGCCUACGACGCCUUGGGUCAGGUGGGCCGGGAUCCCCGGCCAGACAUGGAGGUGUACGUGGGGCUCCUGAAUGCCGGAGGUGAGCCUGGGGAGUUCUCCCCCUGCUUCACUGAGCUGCAGAAGAAAUUUGUGAAGCGUUACCCUGUCAAGCUGAAGAACCUCCUGCGCCUGGUUAAGCACUGGUACAAGGAGCUGCUGAAGCCACGGUACUGCGGUGCAGACUUGCCCCCCAAGUAUGCCCUGGAGCUGCUGACCAUCUACGCCUGGGAGGAGGGCACAGGCUCCUGCAACUCCUUCGUCAUGGCUGAGGGUUUCCGAACAGUGCUGGAGCUGCUGUGCCGGCACCGGGAGAUCUGCAUCUACUGGGAGAUGUACUACUCACUCCAGCACGUCCAGAUUGGCGCCCACAUCAAAAACCUGAUGAUGCACAGUCGCUGCCCCAUUAUCCUGGAUCCUGCAGACCCCACAGGGAUCCUGGGCAAAGACACACGUUGGGACCUGAUGGCACAGAAAGCUGCCGAAGACCUUUUACUGCUGCCCUGUGUCAAUACUGCCCGGCCCUGGGAUGUGGAGCCGGGCCCGGGCAGCCUGUGCCAGCUGAGCCGCUCCCGCGCGCGCGUGGUGCUGAUGGUGGCAAUGGGAUAG